AUGCUACAGGUGACUGACGAAGAUUCAGAAGAAGAAGGUGGCGGAGGUACAAUGAAUAACUUGCCUGGAAGCAUGCUCAGAGCCUCGGUGCUAACUGAUGAUUUAGAUAUUGGUUAUGAAAAUAAUGAACCCGAGACACAACCUGAGAAAAAAAAGGGCAAAAGAGGACAACCGCACCUAUACAGAAAUGAACGAAAAAAUACAUUAGACCCGAGUUUUCAAACUGUUCAGCAUCAGGAAUACUACAGCUCUGAUGAUUCCAUGUGUGAGUAUUUUAGGCACCAUGGAUGCAAGCAAUUCCUGCGUGGGGAACCUAUUCGUUUUGGAUAUAAACUUUGGUGCGGAACAAAUACCCUGAAAUACUUAAUUUGGUUUGAGCCAUAUCAAGAAAACUCAAGUGAUAAUACAAGUAAGGAUCUUAAUAUUGGUUUAGGAGGAAAUCUAGUGGUGAAGUUUGCUAAUGUUCUUCUAGAUCGAGAUAAACAACUCUAUCAUUUAUGUUUUGACAACUUCUUCACCAGUGUAAAACUGAUGUCAGUUUUGAAGAAUGCGAGAGAGGAGGAAACCGAAACAGUUGGUGACAACAGGACUAAAGGUGUCCACUCAUGAAUGCAAAUGAAUUUUAAAAAAAUGAAGAGAGGUUAAUUUGAUUUCAGAUUGAAUGAAAAUGAUGAGAUAAUCGUGUGCCAUUGCCAAGAUAAAAAUGUUGUCAACCUGUGUGCCAAUGCUGUAGGCAUAGAACCAAUAUUUCAGGCAACCCGCUAUACUUCUAAAAGGAAGAAAAUGCAAAUAAAGUAGCCAUUAGUGGUGAAGUUGUAUAAUGAGUGUAUGGGAGGUGUGGACAGGAUGGAUCAAAAUAUAUUCAAAUAUCUAUAA